AUGGAAGGUAAGAAUCAAACUUCAUUGAAUGAGCUUAUCCUUGUUGGCUUUCCAUAUCCCGAAAGUCUGAAGGAACCUUUAUUGAUCUUCUUCCUACUCGUCUAUUUGAUGACACUCUUCGGCAAUCUUCUGAUCCUGAUCGUUGUUCUAUCAAAUCCCCAUCUCCACAAGCCCAUGUACUGGUUCCUCUGCCAUUUGUCCUUUCUAGACAUGACAGUCUCCACCGUGAUUGUUCCCAAGGUCAUUGUUGGGUUUUUAGAAGGUGGGAGGAUCAUAUCCUUUGGCGGUUGUGUAUGUCAACUCUUCUUCUUCCAUUUUUUGGGUUGCACUGAAUGCUUCCUUUAUACCUUGAUGGCCUAUGAUCGCUUUCUGGCUAUUUGCAAACCACUCCAUUAUGGCAAGCUGAUGAAUCAUAGGACAUGCCUCUUCCUGGCCAUGGGCACCUGGAUUGGGGGAUGCCUUCACUCCGUUAUGGAGACAGCCCUUGUUUUUCGCUUGCCCUUUGGUUGGGAAAACCAGGUCAACUAUAUCUUCUGUGAUAUCCCUGCUGUGUUGAAGCUAGUCUCUGCUGACACAACCGUCAAUGAGAUGAUAACCAUGGUGGAUGUCGGUCUUGUGGCUACCACGUGCUUCCUUCUGAUUCUGACCUCCUACAUGUACAUUGUCUCCACCAUCCUGAAGAUCCGCAGCGCCCAAAGUCAUAAACGGGCUUUUUCUACCUGUACUGCUCAUAUCACUGUGGUGGUGACCUACUAUGUGCCCCUUACCUUUAUCUAUCUGAGACCAGGAUCUCAGGAUCCACUGGAUGGAGUGGUGGCUGUCUUCUACACCACACUUACUCCACUUUUGAAUCCUAUUAUCUAUACGCUGAGGAACGAGGACAUAAAAGUUGCCCUUGUAAACUUGUCAAGGAGAUCAUCCUAA